CCGUCUCUCACUCUGGCGUGGGCAGCGCCCGGCAAUGGCCCUGGUACUCACUGGGCCUUUUGGCCCCACCGUAACCCAAAUCAACACUAAUAUGAAUGGUCCUGCUCUUCGGUCUGUGCCAGCGCAAAGCCAGAGGCUGAUAUGGCUCCACCCUCCCUGAUCGGAGCCCGGAUGGGCCCUCCCGGGGCUUGUGCAGCAUAGACCCAGCUGAGUGGUUUGGCUGGGACGUCAUGAACUCGGCCCUCCCUGGAUGGGACUCGAGGAGGCUCUGCCGGACCCAAGAGCAGGUGGCCCGGAACUCGGCGUUGUCAUCCCAGCUGGCAAUGACCUCACCCAGCUCAGAACUUCUGAGCCAUUCGGACCCAAACAGCCGGAUGCCGUUUGGAGCAGAACAUUCCAGGGCUAUUCAGACCACAACAUUCUGGUGCCCCUUGGAUCAAACCGUUGGCUCAGGUCAGUCGUGCUCCUGUCUCUGCUGCCUGCACUGUGAGAGUUGGAGAUUUAGCUGGAGAAUUGGACCAGAACCGCCAUCCCUUCCCCCGCAGAGACCCGGACUUUCUGGCUAGUGCUGGGACAGAGACCCCAGCAGGUUUCGAGGACUGUGACAAGCACCAGCCUUGGCCCGAGUCCCCAGAGCCAGGACCAUGGUGCACAACCAAGGGCUUCCUGCCGAGGCCCCAGAGACGAACCUUGGAGCUGCCCAGGACGGGUCAGAGUCGCAGAGAUCAAGGGAGUCGCCCCCUCAUCAGGGCGUCUCUGCCGGAAAGCCUGGUCCUGAGAAAACAGCAGAGGAGGGGGGCUCUGCCCCUGCUGGCCCCAGGGACCAAAGCCAGCACACCUCUGUGAUCACAUCUGUCACCAGCCACUCCUCCAACCGUGGCGUGGAACCCGUGGCCUCCAACCUCCCGUGUGCGCAGCCGCCAUGUGAGUCUCCCGGCUCAGGCGAGAAGAGAAAGCGCUCGGCAGGUGGCAGAGAGGCCGAGGAGGAGGCAGAAGAAAAGGCCCUUUAUUAUAUGAAGGUCCAGGCCGUGAACGGCGUCUCGGUGGCCUGGGAGACCGGGGCCGGCUUUGAAGCCAUUCGGAAGCGGCCUCGGAUCUUUAAGAGCAAGUACAUCGGCGGAGAAAGCUUUGCCGGCUCGGACCUGAGCAGCUCCCACACCAAGUCCGAGCUGGGGGACGUGGACUCGGAGGCAGAGUGCGGCGUUGAGGGGCCGGCAGAGGAGGCGCCGCAGCAGCCAACGGGAGCGCCCCCGGAUUGGCUCCUCACCAUUGAGCAGGGCGUGCGGUGCCUGGCCUGCUGCAGAGUCCUUCCCAGCCUGGAGGCCCUGACCCAGCAUGUUAAGCAGGGGCUGCGCCAAGGCUUCAGCUGCCGCGUGUACUACCGGGUGCUGGGGCAGCUGAGGGCGAGAGACAGGUCCCAGGGGAGACGGCAACGCGGGGGCCGGGGACGCCAGCCACGCGUCCGGGAGUGCAGCAAGUGUGGGGGACAGAUACGGCGCCCACGCAAGGCUGCCCAAUAG